GUUUCAGACUAAUAGGUGAUACAGCAUAUUUACAAAUAAAUAAAACAAUAUUUUAUGUGAACAAGCUGUAUAAAAAUAAAAAUGAUUGAUCAUUCUAGAGAUGAAUUAUAAGACUACGCACAAUUUAGUCCUUCAUUAGUUUUCUAAGAGACAGCAGCUUUCGAAAUGUCUGCUCAGGAAAAACAACCAGAGGAACAGCCGCUUAGUACUAAAGAAGUAAAAGAGGAUUUUGAGAAGAAGACCUUCUUUGAAAAACUAUGGAAACUGAAAUCGAGUAUAACAGUGGAGCCUAUACUAGCUGGGAUAGUCAUCCCCUCAAUGCUUUCAAAACUGGCAGUACAAAAUUUGAAUCUGGAUAAAGCGUGUCGUGUAAAACAAAUGUAUGGUGACUUGAUAUGCGAUGCCCUAAUAGAUAAAACCGGGAACUACUCAUAUGAAGAAAGAGAGAUCCAAAAAGUGAUUUCUGGUAUCGAGGCUUGGAAAAGUGUAAUUCAGACAGCAAUACCGACUAUUUUAGUAAUUUUUAUGGGAGCAUGGAGUGACAGGACUGGGAAUCGGAAAGUUUGUAUUCUUCUGCCUUUGUUCGGAGAGUUGUUAGUCAGUAUAAGCAACAUGGUGAGCGUCUACUUCUUUUACGAAAUUUCUGUUGAAGUGACUAUGUUCUUCGAAGGGUUCUUCCAAGCCAUCACUGGAGGAAGUGUAAUGAUAUAUUUGGGAGUUUUCAGCUACAUCAGUGAUAUUACCACAGAGGAGACCAGAACUUUUAGAGUAGGUCUGGUAAAUUUGUGUAUGACUGCAGGAGUUCCUAUAGGAACGGCUUUGAGUGGGGUGCUUCUGAAAUGGUGGGGGUAUUAUGGGAUUUUUACAGCAACUGGAUCUAUUCUCCUGCUCAUCAUUGUGUAUGCCAUUUGUUGCUUGGACAGUAACACUAAGCCUAAAGUGGACAAUGAUGAAAAGGUAAAGCCUGCCUCGAUCUCAAAUGUAGCAUCAAUGGUCAAGGAAACAGUAUUAAUGGCGUUUAAAAAACGAGAAGGAAAUUUUAGGGCCAAGAUUAUACUGACUUUGACAGUAGUAAUGAUCAUUUAUGGACCAAACCACGGUGAAAGACUUAUAGUUUACAUGUUCGUGAGGUACCGCUUACAAUGGGAUGCAAUCAAAUACAGCAUGUACUCUACUUUCAAUCUUAUCACACAUUCUAUAGGGGCCCUAUUCUCAAUCAGCGUGUUCAGCAAGAAGCUUGGCUACCACGACUCAGUGCUGUGCCUGAUCUCCAUUAUCAGCAAACUUAUCGGCUCCGUCUACAUUGCGUUUGUUCGAACUGAUUUACAAAUGUUCUUGGUGCCGAUAAUUGAGAUUCUGAAUGCAACGACGUUCACAUCUCUCAGGUCGAUGGCUUCUAAGCUGGUUCCAAGUCAUGAGAUGGGUAAAAUGAACUCUCUAUUUAGUUUGGUAGAGACGCUAGGAGCGCUGAUGUUCGACCCUACAUACACCACACUCUACUCCAAAACCUUAGAAACCUUCAGUGGGGCUGUGUUCAUAUACAGCGCCUUCAUGACGUUGCCGCCUAUAUGUAUAUUAGUAUGGAUUUUUAUUCAACACAGACGGGAUUCCAGGCAAAAGCGGCUUGAAGACAUUGUUGAAGUUGGAAAGGAAUAAAAAAUCAGAACUGUUUUGUUUUUUA